UUUUUGCAUAGAUAGUAGGCUUUAUUUAUAUGAUAACACAUUAUUUAGUUACCAUCACGUAAUGCUAUUGAAAUGUAAAUACUAUUGAUUAUAAUGCGCAAUUUAAUUUAUUCUCGCUCCGUGGCUACUGCUGAGUUGAAGGACAAUCAAUUCAUACUUUCAACAACAGAUGGCAGCAAUUCCUUGUAUUAACAAGAGCAUUGCCCAUUGGCAACGAAAGGCAAGCUGCAGGUCGCUGUCCUAUUUGGAUUCGAUAUGAAUGACCUAUUUAAAUGAGCUUUUCGGUUUUUGAAAUUGAAGAUAGAAGCUUUGUAUAUCUGCAUAAUGCAAAAACUCCCAGUACCAACGCUUAACAUGAGACAAUUGUAGUUAGCUAGACAGCAAGUGUUAAAACACCUAUUAAGGUUCGCCAGGUAACUGGUUUUUGGCUCAGCGUUCUUCCCGCGAAAUUAAUCCUCGCGCUGAAUCAUUUUAAGAAGUAACGUUACAUUGGUCUGAUGAUUGAUGCUAGCGAUUUACCUAUCUGCUUUGCAACUCUACUCAAACACAACAGCAGGAGUCACAGUUCAAGAGGAUUUUAUCCAAAUGUCUUUGAAGGAUGUCUGGGGCAGACGAGGAGAUUUUUCAGAAUUUUCUCCUGCACUUUGAGACGGCUGUGGAAACUGACCUUCGAAGACACUUUCUUGAUUCCCUAAAUGGCGAGCAGGUUUUCGACCAUGAGCUGUCAUCGCUGGACACCCCUCUGGCGUCGGAUGACGGUUUUCUGUCCAUCCAAGUUCUGGAAUUUAAAACAAGCCUUCUUGAAGCAGCGGAAGAGCUGCAUAUCCACAGGGAUGCUGAAAUGGGAUUUGAAGAGCAGAUUAAUAAAUUUGUGAUGGAGAAACAGGAAUUAGAAUGGGAGAAGGAAUCCCUUCAGCAUCAGAUUGAUACAUUAGUUCACCAGCACAAUGAGUCUCUGGCUGCUCAAAAAAAGCAGUUCCAGGCAAUGAUCGCUGAGAUUGAAGGAGAGAAGCUACAGUGUGCAUCACAGGGGAAGCACCAGCUCUCUGCAGAAUUAAAGGACAGGGAGAACGUCCGGCUGAAGGAAGCGCUGAAAAUGCUGCAGCUGUUCAAGUGCAGUUUGCAGAAGAAAUUAAGUGAGCUGGAGCAGAAGCUGCUGCUGCAGGCUCAGGCCAGAGACAGCCACCUGAGCCUGCUGGCCGAGGUGGAGAGGCGCUUCGGGGCCCUGUCCCGGCAGUGCGCCACCAUCAAGCAGGCCCACGAGAAGCUGGUGCAGAACGUGGAAGAAGCCUUGAGGCUCAACAAGAAACUCGCGAUCGUGAAUGAACAACAACAAGCCACAAUCAACAGCUUGAAACAGGAUGUGGACAAAGCCAACAGCCAAGUGAUUAAGUCCAAAGUUUCUUCAGCUUGUAAAUCUGAAGAGGAUAUUUCCCUUCACAUUAUGAAAGAACAGAUGCAACUACUUAGUCUCAGGCUAAACAUGGAGACAGAGAUGAAUAAGCAGCUAAUCAAGGAGAAUGUUACAGUUAUGGUUGAGAAACAGGACGUGAUGAGGGCCCUGCAGCAGGCCUGCCAACUGCUGCAGGCCCAGACAGAGGCCCUGAGCCGAGCCGAGCGGGAGCUGAGCGCCCAGAGAGAGGAGCGUCAGGGGAGGAAACUGCUGCAUGAGGAACGCAUUUCUGAACCGGCGUCCGUUCCAGCCGCACGUCUCAAUCAGCUCUUCCCCUUCUGCAUAUGCUCAAAAGCUAAUCUUGCAUUUCGCUGCCGGAGAGCGCUCAGACCCAGCGCGUUCACGUUCGGAGGUGGUCCUGCCGGGUCGUACUUUCCGGGGCCUUCCGCGGCGAGCGUCAGCACGCCUCCGGCUGGCAUCGCAGCCCGCCGUCCCUCUCCACCGGAUCAUGCCGCAGAGUGCACGCCUCCCGAACCCGGGUCCGAUGGGAACGAGCAAUCUAAGAUCAGCGCCCGCAUCGGUGACACCGGGAGGCUGCAACUCCCACAGAAGCGCAAAGCGGAACCAGAAGACCACGAGGUCUACACAAGCACAAAGCAGCACUCAUCGUGGGCCUCACUGUGGGAAGUGUAGCAAAGCCAGUAACAGUUAUAUUUAUUCUGUGGUUCCUUCAAAUUCAUUUCCUUCAAAUUUGAACAUCUGUUCAGUUGUUAUUGACCAGAUUUGUCUCUGAUCCUGUUUGGAACAGUUGUUCCCAGAAUGCCGUUCUAGCAUUGUGUUAGAACCUCAUUUUUUCUGCUUUGCAGAUUUUCAGUAAAAUAUGCAAACCAGCACUUCCUUGGUAACAGUGCUGAAUCUUUAAAUCUCACCAUCAGAAAGUGACAUCAAGGUCAAUGGCAAUUCCUAUAAAUGCUUCUAACUGCACUUGUAUGUGAAGAAAUUUAACUGCUGACCAUCUCGACAGUAAAAAAAAAAAAAAAUUUUUAAUUAAAGAUGCUGGAAAGCGCAAACCCUGAAAUUACAAGCCAAC